UUUUACGCGUUGCAAAAUUCGCCACUUUUGCGGCGAGUCAGCGACCGCUUCUUAAGUUUCUCCUGAAUGGCGCUUUCUAUAUUUGCGUUAUGACCUAAUCGGGCCAAAUCAACGUCAAGGGAGAUCUCCAGAAAUCAUUGUGGCAAACAUCAAAAUCCUAUUUAUUUCCACGACCGCCCAGAGAGUCCCCCCACAUCACCUCUGAUGACCCCUUUCGAGAACCUUAAUGGUGGCUACUUGUAUGGCAUUAUCACCAUGUCGAUACUUCUUGGGAUCACGACCGUACAGUCGAGAUCGUAUUUUUUGAAAUUCCCGAAAGAUCCUAUCGUAACGAAACUUCUGGUUCUAGUGUUAUUACUCACCCAGGUCCUUGGUCUGUACGUGCUUCCUGUCAUUUAGCGGAUGCUGUGCUGUAGCCCAGUAUAGGAUGGUUAUUUUGCGCGUGGACCCAGCGGAAAGAGUCUCAUGGUAUAACUCCGAGUAUACUCUGAGCACGGUGUGUUUUUUGUUGUACUCCAUCCAGCUAUCCACACCAUCUCAGAGAGUGCCGUUCGGCAGCUUGUGGCUUCCAUCUUGGUCCAAUCUUUCUUUUCCUGGCGUAUCAAGAAGG